AUGGCUGCUUCCAUGGCGGCAUGGCUGCUCAUGGCUCAGCUGGGCCUGGGGCUUCUGAAAGCUGCCACGGCUUGGCACUGGGUUGGGCAAUGGUCCCCCGCGCCCCACGCGGCUCACACGCCCGGGGGAAUCCAACCGGUGGGCAAGCACAACCAGCAAAUUGCCUCAGCAGCUGUCGUACAGACCACCCCGGCAGCGGCCGCAGCUUCACCGCCGCUGCCGCCGGCCAUUACGAAGCUCACCGCGCCGUCGCCCGCAGGGCCCUCCUCCAGCCCCUCCUCCCCACCCCCCCGAGAGGACUGGAACCCCCGCGGCAGCAGCGGGGGCGGGGGCGGGAUGCGACUCGACCUUCCGUGUGACCGGUCCCGCAGUGCGGCCGCAGCAUCAUCGUCGCACGGUGGCGCUGUGGCGGCGGACGCGCCGCAGCGGCCGCUGUCCCCCCCCGCCAUAGCGGCGGCGCCGCCGUCGCCGUCGCCAUCACCCUCUACGUCCUCUUCCUCGCUGUCACCGCCGUCGUCGGGUUCCCUGGAGAACCUGCACUUGCCGUUGCCGCCGCCGCCACCGCUUGACAGUGACGAUGAUGAUGAGGCGGCGGGGCGGAGGGCACCACCGUCGCCUCGGCGAACGCCUACUGGUGGUGGUGGUGUGUUCAGUGACUUUGGUGAGGUAGUGUUGCUGGUAGUGUUGCUGGAGGCCGUCGUAAUCUCUCCGCUUCACUUGCUGGUGGUGCCGUCUUUCAACCCCCCCGCCCCCUCCCCCCACAACCCGCCCAAUGCCGGCCGGCAGGGGUUCUCCUCCUGGGGUGGAUGCACUGGGGUUUGUGACUUGUUGGGCCACAGUGGUAUUGAGCUGAGCUGA